AUGAACGUUCCUCCUUACCAGGGAGAUGAUAUCCCUAGAAAUGAAAUCAAAUCCGUUGAUGCGAGUCGGGAUGAACUAUCAGUGGACUCAGAUGCUGCAAGGUUGGCAGAGAUGGGAUAUACCCAAGAGAUGGAGCGAGGUUUCAGCAAAUGGACACUGCUCGGAGUGAGCUUUGCACUUACAAACUCAUGGUUUGGAAUUUCUGCUUCUCUGGUUACUGGAAUCUCGUCCGGUGGUCCUAUUGUUACAGUAUAUGGUAUUGUUAUCAUUGCGAUUAUCAACGGCUGUGUUGCAAUUUCAUUGUCGGAGUUGGUCAGCGCUAUGCCAAAUUCCGGCGGUCAGUACUUCUGGGCUAGUGAGCUGUCUCCCAAAAAGUACGCAAAUUUCCUUGCCUACACAACUGGAGCUAUUGGAUAUGCCGGAAGUCUAUUUACCUGUGCAAGUGUUGCACUUGCAAUUGGAAGUGCUUUAAUGGGAAUGAUCCAGUUGAACCAUCCAAAUCUCUUCUUCCUAUACGUUUCUCUUGUGUCCAUGAUCACCAUCACCAUCACAGUGCUUGCAACAUCUUCCCCGAAACAAAAUGCCAGAUUCGUAUUUGCAAACUUUGUCAACAAUACUGGAUGGGAAUCAAACGCGAUCGCCUUCAUUGUAGGAUUGAUCAAUCCCAACUGGUCUUUUGCAUGUCUGGAUUCGGCGACUCACUUGGCGGAAGAAGUUCCCAGGCCCGAACGUAAUAUCCCUUUCGCUAUCAUGGGUACAGUUGCGAUCGGUUUCUUUACCGCCUUUAUUUACUCCAUUUCUAUGUUUUUUUCUAUGAACAACCUAGAUGAGCUUGUUUUUUCGAGCACCCUCGUCCCAAUUCUAGAGCUAUACUACCAAGCGACGGGCUCCAAGGCCGGGGCAACAUUUUUGGAAUUUAUGAUCUGCUUCACUGGAUUGGGAUGUCAGAUUGCUUGCCAUACCUGGCAGGCUAGGCUAUGCUGGUCGUUCGCUCGCGACAGAGGGUUGCCAGGCUCUCAUUUGUGGUCCCAGGUGCACCCAAAGAUGGGUAUCCCGUUCUAUGCCCACAGUAUGAGCUGCUUCGUCGUAGCUUUGUUGGGUCUUCUAUAUAUUGGAUCAACAACUGCAUUUAACAGUAUGGUUACCGCUUGCAUCGUCCUUUUGUACAUUUCUUAUGCCGUUCCCAUCAUCCUCCUUCUCAUUAAGGGUCGUAACAACAUCAAGCACGGUCCUUUCUGGCUCGGUGGAUUUGGCCUCGCGGCCAAUAUCGUCACUCUUGUAUGGACAUUAUUUACACUGAUUAUGUACUCGUUUCCAUACGGAAAACCUGUUACGGCUGGGUCUAUGAACUAUGUCUCCGCUGUUUACGCGGUUGUUUUUGUCUUAGUGAUGGGGUAUUGGUUUCUUCGUGGUCACCGCACAUUCAGGUCGAAGGACGAGCGGGUUGUGGAGGCCGAGCACCUCACACAUCACAUCCCACAGACCAGCAACUAA